AUGACGAGCCAGUAUGCAAUGCGAGAUCUAUCUCCAGAGGAUUACCCCGCCUGUAGCGAGCUCCUUUCAGACCCCAUUUAUGGACGACUCUUCGUCACGACAGAUUUGCAGCAGCUGCAUACCAUUUGCUCUUAUGCCGCAGUGGCCGAGUCCGUGGCUGAUAACGAGAUAUGUGCCAUACUCAUGGUAGCUCCGUUACCUCAGUUUUACCAGGAUUUGAACCCAGAGCAGCAGCCGGCCUCUGCCCCCGGUACAAAGGUCCCCUCCUAUUGGGUUGAUUACAUAGAUCUGGUCUAUGGUUGCGAAACCAGCGAGUUUGUUACUUCGUGGGUCCGAAUGGCAUACUGUUCUCCAGAACACAACAUAGCUAUGUCUGUCCUCGUUCAGGGGUACUUCAACUAUGACCCUUAUCAUGAAAAUCUACUCCUUUUGUCCCACCCCUUUACCAGUCCUCCACCUUACUUACGCAAGAUAUUCCCAGAAUUAGCAGCUGAGACCCCAGUGUCCCCCAGCAUGUGCCACAUCAUGUGUUGUCUGCGCUCAGAUGUUCUUCCUCCCCUCUCCGUCCGAAAUGCAGACAUGCGGGACCAUGAUGACUUGGUUUCGAUCUUCGAAUUACAAAAUACAUCUGUUAGAGCUCGCUUUGGGGAAUUCUUUAUCGCAGGGCUGAUAACGUCGGCCAGCGCUGAACCGAGCCAAAAGAUGUCUUUAGUUGCACUCGACUAUGAGUCAUAUGCUCUUGAGUACAGAGCAAACGAGGCUAACGCAAUACGUAAGCCCGUUUCUUUUCUUUACGUAGAGCGGUGCAAUCCGCAAUCCAGUGAGGACGCCAAGACAAUCGAGAAUCUCAAGAAAAGCCAUUGUCUAGAAAGAUAUUCACUCCACAAGAUUCCGCACGAAGAUCUCGGCUUUAUACGCGCCACUGCUACCCUUCCUAUAGCUGAGAGCCGCUGCGGGGAACUCAUCAGCGCUGUCUUUGAGCAAUGGCCCACUCUCGAAGCCAUCCUUCUCACCCUACCCUCUGCAGCUACAUGCACAGACAUGCAAAUGCUCAGGCUGUUCACUUUGAUUGACCCUCGCUCCCCUCUUUCACCCCGAGAGUCACUCUUUGUGUGCCACAAGGAUGCCUGGCUGGGUACAGUCACUAUUAGACGUGUUAGGGAUUUGCCCCUUCUGGAGGAGGCCUGCAGAUACUUAGAGGCAUCUCUUAAGCAAGAACGCCCGAUCAUUAACACUUCAUCAACGCUUCACAAGGAGUUGGAGUCCUUGACCCCUCAAUCGUCGUUUGGUACAAUUAUAGCAUGCAAUGCUGUUGGAGAUAGGCAAGUUCCCAUUGCAGUCUGCAUCUUGGACAUGAACAUAGCAACUGACGAUCUACCAGGGGCCAUGAGCGACUAUCUCCAGGCCUAUCACCUUACCUUGAGGGGUAAGGCAUCUGACUGUGAGGUUCCGUGGGAACUCAACCAUACAGAUUCUGUCUGGAUGCCGUCUCUCUGCUUGGGAAGCGCGCCCUGGUGCACAAUGCAUUAUGAUGAGGAUCUGUCUAAGCAUGCCUAUCUGAGGGCAUUCAUCAUUGACCCCUUGUUUGUACAACACAAGGAUACUAUCCUUAAUUCAUGCAUGCGUGUUGCCGGUGUGGACGGCUUUUUGCUUUCAAUAGGGUCCACACUGCAAAAAUCUAUAAAGAAAGUUUAUGAUAAUGAAACAGGUAUGUUUCAACAGAUAGACUGUGACACCAAUACAAUUUUAACUUCAUUUGAAAAGGACCUGUUUAGAGCAUCUAGAUACAUACCUGCUGUAACUCUUCUUCCCAGCGAACGAGAUGAGCACGUUAUAAAACCUGCAGCCCGCAAACACUUCGACGGUUCUAUCCCAACUGGCCAUCCAGAGAAGUCUGCUGAGAGGUUGCAGGACGAGGCUCGAUUCAACAGCGUUAUGCAGGAAGAUCUAACCAGUGAGAUCAAGACGUCAGCCCUCCGGGUAUUAAAUCCGUGUUUUAGUCUCUUUGCCCUGUGCCCUAGCGAUCUCAUCCAUCACUUUACACCACCGCUCACCAUCGCCAACACUACUGAGCCCCCAUCCAUCAUUAUCAAACCACCCGUUACCUUCACUGAUAGACUUGUCCUUAUAGGAGGAGGACUCGGGCUCAUCUCCACGCUCACCACCAUGCACGAUUGUGCCGACCUGGCCCGCUUCAAGAACAUCGUUGUUGUGUCCCCACCCCCAGGCAUUGUGACGCCCUAUAUAAUUGACUACGAAAAAUCAGAGUACGAUCUCUGCUUUGAUCACGGGGAGUCACUGCCUUCUGUCCGGGAUCGAGCAAUUCACCUGUUGUAUGACAUCUAUAUAGGUGAGAUAUUAGAGCUUUCUCUGAAUAACGGGCUGCUGAAGCUCGCAAGUGGCGCUGAAUUUGGGUUUGAUAUCAUUAUGUUGUGCCCAGAGGGCAGCGACGCAGAAUCAUUCAGAUUGGUUCCUAGCUUCAAUCUUAAUUCGGCUGCGUCCUUUGCAUAUGGCAUCGUUGACCCGUCCGGAGCAAGUAAUGCAGGUCAACUCUCACAGCUUCAAGGUAACGCUCUCAAUACCCGUGGAUUUAAGGAUCAAGAAAUUAUACCAGUUCUGUCACAAGCCAGAUCAUAUAGUAGUCUGCUUUCGUGCAUGAUCAAUGAGCGUGUCCUGGAAAGCUCUUCCUCCAAGGAGGCGACGUACUACGAGCAGCUGCUUGCGCCAAGGCUGAAUGCACGUUUGUUUAUGCGUUAUCUUACUCAAGACGAGCCCCUUUCCAAGCGACAGCUGUCUGCUCUCUAUAACAGCACGUUGACGGCUAAUCUAAACACUUGCAUCAAUCUUUUAUAUAGUCCUUACAUCUUGAAGCAGCUUAAUGCAAAGAGUAGCAGCGCGACGACCAAUAAGGAAGAUGAAAACAUAGUUACUAGUAGCGCCGCAACCACUGCUACGAAAGGGACAGCGCAGCAGCCGUCUGGGGAGGAGGAGCAGAAGCCAACGUCUCAGCUUGGGCCCUAUAGGCUUCUUUCGCCGUAUGCAAAGUCCAGCCAAAUAAUUCAGGCUUCGUCCCCGAGCGCCAUGCUAGAGCUCCCUCUUCUAUGUAAAAGGCUUGCAGACAUCACUAACGAAGCUAGAAAUCAACUCUUCCCGUCUCUGACCCAGGAGAAGCCUGGAAAGGGGGUAAAAGGCCAGACUGCUGCGCCUACAACUACUGCAUCAGUUGUCGAUGCCGCUAGGGUGUCAGUUGCCGUUGUUGGAGAUACGUUUGAAUCAUUCAGCAUCAUACGCUGUCUGCUCGACUCGGGAGUUGCUCCGUCUUCUAUCUUCUUGCUCAUACCUCUAGAUCCCACCGUGACUGUCGAUCAAACAGAAACCCGCAACGAUGCAAUGCUAGAUAAUCUCGUCGCACCUCCUGGGUACGGACAAUAUGCCAUUCGCAGCAACAGCAUCAUGCCCAUGGAUCCUACUAAGCGGGUUACAAUGCGCCAAUCUGAGAUGGCAGCCAGGGGCGUAUCCGACAACUCUACAUCUCAGUAUGCUGAAAAGCGCUCCGAAGCAUUCCCCCGUGACUUGCAUGCAUACAUUCUCGAAGAAAUGAACAAGUUGGGGAUUAAUAUAUUAAAGAACAUACGAAUACUGGACGUCCUCUGUUCCUUAAACGGAUUAUCAACGAAAGUGUUCGGUAAGAUGCCAGGGUAUGGUAACGAAGAGGACGAGUCAGACGAGGAGGACGAAUAUUCCGAUGAAUCUGACGAAGACGAAGCACGCGACUACGAUGCUGACGAUUCAGCUCUUUCUGAUAGUGAAUCUGAAGAGGGCAGCGACAAUGAUGCAGAUUCCCUUGAUGAGAACAAGCUUGUAGCAAUGGUGAAGGAAAUCCGUGAGACCUUAGAGGAGCUCGACGCUGCGGACAUAUCUCUAAACUCUAGGAUACCCAACUUUGCAGAAGAGCUGGAGGAGCUUGAUGACGUCUGUGAUGCUCUGUUGCUAGGAGACAUAAAUGGUGUCCUUGUCCGAUAUCUUGCAGAAGGCGACCCAGAAUUUGACCCCAGUGUUAUGGAUACUAAUGAACAGCGUUUUGAGAUCUUUCGCAUUUUGAAGAAGCGCCUACACAAGUUGCAGCACGACGCAAAGAAGACGCUUUCAAAGAAGAAACGGUACCGGAAAAAGCUUUUCCUUGGUGCUAGCUUGUGCGGCCUCAGACUAGGUCUCCAAACAAACACAGCGUUUAACCCCGACGGCGAGAUGAGUAGUGCAUAUGGCGAUGACCUUCCUGGCUCCAUUUUCCUGAAUGCAGGCGCCAUGACACGCAUCAUCACAGGGCCAACAGGAAGCAUUGCACGCAUGCAAAUAAGCAACUCAGAGCCAAGCCCCCAAAUGGGUUCGUUGGACAUUCAUGUCUGCGCAGUGUUUCUCACGGAGAGCUUCGGGGUCCCAUUCCAUUACGCCAGUGCUCUAAUGAGGUCCGAUUUGGUGUUCGAUAAGGCCCUGAUAGUCAAUUCUAACGCACAAGCCUCUGAUCCCAGGGUAUACGCCGCUUGUAACCUAGGCAAGAUAAGUCGCGCAACUUUACUACGGAGAAUGCAGCAAAAUAACAGCGCAACCAACUGCCUCUCCACCAUGAAGAUACCAAUGGCCCCGCAUGCACUGACAGCUGAUCCCAUCAAGCCAGUCGUAGAUUGGAACCUCUUUUCUGCAUCUGAAUCGGCCCGGUAUGCUGUCUAUCGGUUACUCAGUAAGCGGCUCCUGGACUUCGAAGUGCUAGACGACGACGGCCUUGUGCCAGAGUUCACUAACCCCCUUAUUCUCAAUUGCCGGGUAAUCAGCGGCCAUGUUUUCCGUGUCUCAAGGCCCCUAAGGGACGUUAGAGACCCCAGUCUUACUGUUGAAAAGUACUUCCGGGUCGUGGAAACAGGAAAGCUCUGUAAGCUUGAGAAGGGUGAGCGCUGGUGCCACCUCGAGGUCGAUCCAUUUGGCGUCGUCGAUAGCAUCACUAUUUUCUCGGAGCAGGAGCUGCAUCCAGACAUUAAAGACACGCUAUAUAGAAUAGUGGGCCUUCCUAGUGCUUUGCUUAACAACUUAGAGGGCCGAUGGGCGCGCGGUGAAGUGGUGGAUCUUAUCGACUUCUUUUCGCGACCGCAGGUGCAGGUCCUUUUGAGUGACGCCAUAAGGGCAACGAUAGGGGAAAUCGUGUCCGACAUCCUGACAUCUCAGAAUUUCCAGGAUGUCAUGGACAAGGUAUGGUUGGGAGAGUACGUCGGAGAUGAUGCAAGGUCCGUUGGGGACAUCUCUGCAGAGGCCCUACAGCCCAGCUUUGGAAAGGAGCUUCUGAAGGGAUCUGCAAAUGGGUCCAGAGCCAUCGAGAUCCUGAUGAUGAUCAGCAAACAGUUGAUGGAAGAGGCAAAGGGUAGAUUCCCAGAGCUGGGAGAAGGCGCGGGGGAGCGAGGAAAGGUAGUCUUCACCCCCUUAGCACAGUAG